CAAAAAUGAUAACCAUCAAAUCUGCUUCCAUAAUCGUUCCAAGCGAGCCUACCCCAAAUGGGAUAUUAUGGUUAUCAGAGAGCGACCAAAUGAUGCAGUGCAGUCACGAACCCCUCAUCUCUAUUUACAAACCCAACAACAAUAACGAUGAUAUCAUCCUUCCAUUUUCGUCUGAGACAAUGAAAGUUUCUCUAAGCCGUGCAUUGGUUCACUACUACCCACUAGCCGGCCGGCUACGGUCGGCCGAUGGGGGCCGGUUCGAACUCGUUUGCAAUGCCAUGGGAGCGAAACUAUUGGAAGCAUACUCUGAAGCAGAAGUGGCUGAUCUUGGUGAUUUUGCACCAACCGAGGCGCACCAAGACCUUGUCCCAAAGAUUGAUUACAGAACUCCGAUUGAGGAGUGGCCGUUGUUGUUGGUGCAACUGACAAGAUUUCGUUGUGGUGGCUUUUGUGUUGGAACAGCCAUAUGCCACACUGUGGUCGAUGGAUGGUCUGCAGGUACCUUUAUCAGCUCGUGGGCCAAGUUGGCUCGAGGAGACGAUCUGAGGCCUGAUGAGAUUCCGUUUCACGAUCGAACUCUCUUACGAUCACGUCAACCGGUUAUGCCUCCACGCUUUGAUCAUAGAGAGUUCUCAAAGCCUCCACUUGUAAUAGGAUCCUUGGACGCGAAGGCAGAGCAAAAGAAGAAAACUAGUGUCGCCUUGUUGAAAGUCAGUAGAAAGCAAGUCGAGGGACUGCAGAAGACGACUAAUGAGAUAUUAGAUGAUCAGACGAACUUGGUGAAACCGAUACGACCCUAUUCUCAAUAUGAGGCCAUCGCUAGCCACAUAUGGCGGUGUGCAUGUAAGGCGCGAGCAGGCGAUGACCGUCAACCAACAAGAGUUCGCAUCGCAGUCGACGUCCGCAACCGGAUGAAGCCACCUCUUCCUCGACGAUACUUUGGCAAUGCAGUUUUCAUUACAGUGACAUCGACAUGUCUUUAUGGCGAGCUCUUGUCCAAGCCAUUGAGCUAUGCUGCUGGAAUUAUUAGGGAAGCAGCUGAGAGAAUGACAGAUGAGUACAUAAGGUCUGCUCUUGAUUUCAUGACAAGUCAGGAGCAAGUGGGUUCAUUGAGGAUCAACUUUAGCGUCCAGGGAAACACAGAAGCAUUAUCUUUCCCGGGGAACCCCAACCUUGUGAUUCCGAGCUGGGUAAAGUUGCCUCUUUAUGGCACAGAUUUUGGCUGGGGAAAGCCUGUGUACGUUGGUCCGGGGAUGCUAACUGUUGAAGGCAAGUCAUUGAUCAUGUCAAGUCCUGCUAGUGAUGGAUCUCUAAUCGUAGCCCUCUGUUUGCAAACGCAAUGCAUGGACUCUUUUAAAAAGUUCUUCUACGAGGAUAUGAUUUAGGAAGCCAUUUGCAAGUUGUGAUGCUUUGGAGGCAAAGGAAUGGUUUGGUGCAUCACAAUACUCCUCGGUCUGAGGAAUCCAUUCUAGCACAGAUUAAAGGGAAUGUUCGUGCGAGAUUUAUGGCACAUGGCAGUUUUAAGUGCUCUAAGAAGAACUUGGAUCUUGCUGCCCGGUGGAAUAAUCAUAGCUAAUUGUUGUUUUUUGCUUGUAUUGAUUGCUGUUUUUUGGUGUUUGCUUUUAGUGCUUCUUCUUUAGCUGCAUGCUGCUAGGCGCGCGGGUUUGUUGUUCUGGGUU